UGAUAUUUGAAAAUAGAAAGAGGUUACAAAGUUUGCAACUUUGGGGAAGUGGCAGAAAAAUUGGUCGUACCCGGUAAGCGAAUCGUCCCAAUUCCCAACCCCAACAGUUGCUAUAACCAACUCUUCAUCUCUAUACUUCCCUUUCAUUUCCAUAAUUGUUUCAAUAGUUCUUCUUCGUAAAGCUCCCAAAAAAGCAACUGCAAAGUUUUCUUCUUUCUGGGGACUCAAUGCUGUGCGACCUCGAAAUUCUCUUCUAUGUGGUAGUUCCGAUGAAAGAUAUAAAAGAAAGUGGACAAGUCCCGGGAAGUGUUGUCAUCAAGCAUCUUUUGGACCACCUCGCUUGUGCGAGAGUUACAGAAGAUUGCGGAUACUUUCUCAGAAUAACAAAAGUGAAGAGCAUAGGCAAUGGAAAGAUGUACCAAGAAAAAAUAGGCAAUGGAAAGUUGGAGUUAUCAGAGUACAUCAUUUUCCCAGUAACCUUCUGUUUUCAUUCCUUCUUACCAAAAACUGGGGAAGUCUUGGUUGGUAUUGUUAUCAAGGUUGUCAGCAACGGAGUCUUUCUGAAAUGCGGACCUAUGAAGUUUGUUUAUCUCAGUGUUCGAAAGAUGCCAAAUUACAACUAUGUUUCGGGUGAGAAACCAUUCUUCUUAUGUGAUGAUCACUCGAGGAUUGAAAACGAAGUGGCUGUCCGAUUUGUUGUGUUUGCUGUGAGAUGGAACAAUGGAGCUGUUGCUAGGGAUUUCAACAUUCUUGCAAGCAUAGAAGGUGAUUGCCUUGGGCCAAUUUCACUGAAUGGAUUAGAUGGUUUAGAGCUGUAAAUUUCUUUAUAGUAAAGGAAAAGAGAAAAGUGCAUUGUUAGAGUAGUUUCUCUUACCACAUCAAAAUAGGAAAACGAGGAAACUUUGUAUAGUUUGAUUUACUUAUUAGAGGUGAAUGAGUUAUCAGUGAGAUUAUAAUUGUAAAUGGUAGAGUUACAGCUUUUGGUGAGAAUGUGUUGGAAAAAUGAAAAUGGCUGAGAUACCAUAACAAAAGAAUGAUAUCUUGGAAGUAUUUAUGUCUCUUAGAAGCAUAUUAUUUUCUAUUUUUGGCUGUAACUUAAUGAAUUAUUAAUAUAUAUAUAUAUAUAUUUAUUUAUUUUUGCA